AUGUGGGCCGAUAUGCUUCAAUGGAGGAAAGAAUUUGGCGCUGACUCCAUCAUGGAGGACUUUGAUUUCAAGGAGAAGGACGAGGUUGUUAAAUACUACCCACACGGACAUCAUGGGGUGGACAAGAUUGGUAGGCCCGUUUACAUCGAGAAGCUCGGUCAAGUGGACCCCACAAAGCUCAUGCAGGUCACAACAUUAGAUAGGUAUCUUAAGUACCACGUGCAGGAGUUUGAGAGGACCUUCAUCGACAAAUUCCCGGCUUGCUCGAUUGCGGCUAAAAAGUAUAUCGACCAAAGCACGACCAUUUUGGAUGUCCAAGGAGUGGGACUGAAAAAUUUCAAUAAAGCUGCUAGGGAACUCAUUCAGCGCCUUCAGAAGAUUGAUGGUGAUAACUACCCCGAGGUUUUGGGUAACAAAUAUCAGAGCAAGCUGCUUGAGAUCAUUGAUGCAAGUGAGCUACCUGAGUUUUUGGGAGGGAAAUGCACCUGUGAAGAUAAGGGUGGUUGUAUGGUCUCGGACAAGGGCCCGUGGAAUGACACUGAUAUUAUGAAGAUGGUCCGUAAUGGCGAACACAAAUGCUCGAACAAAAUGGUCAUUUUGUCUGUGGAUGAGAAGGCUGUUUUGGAGGAUGAGAUAAAUAAUCCCUUUCAGGUGACCAAGAACUCUCCCAAGGCACUUGAACCAGACGAACAUGUUCAAAUGAUCGAAAAGUCUGUCGCCGCAAAUUGGCAAAAGACGGCACAAAACAACAAUUUAGCUCUCACUAAAGCUUCAGAUGUCUAUACCGCGUACAAAGCCUCGGAGAAAAACAGCAACCACCUAUUUACGGGCGUGUUGACGUUUGUGAUGGGUGUAAUGACAAUGGUGAAAAUGACGCGUAACAUGCCCAAGAAGUUGACCAACGCCACACUCUACUCGAGCUCCAUAAACGAGGUCGUUCAUAGUCGGGCCCACGUGCUCGACCCGCCCGACGCCCCAAUCUCAAGGGCCGAUUACUUGAUCAUGAUGAAACGCAUGAACGAGCUCGAGGAGAAAGUGGGCCAACUACAAACCAAGCCCUCGUCUAUUCCGCCCGAAAAAGACGAGCUCCUCACUAACGCCUUGAACCGAGUCGAGGCCCUCGAACAAGACCUCUCGGAUGCAAGAAAGGUUCUUGAACAAGCUUUGUCUCAACAAGAAGAGUUGCUUGCCUACAUUGAGAAAAAGAAGAAGAAAAAGAAGUUCUUUGCUUUCUGA